AUGGCGGCCAAGGCCGAUUCCUCCCGUGGAGCCCAAGGGCGCUCGCCAAUGCGCUUCAUCUCCGUCGACAAUGUGCUACAAUAUGCCUCCGAAAUACCAUCAGGCCAACCUCGUAUCCCCCCAGCUCGUGGCCCACGUGGCAUCACUGGCGUACGAAAAAUAAGCGGCGGAGGUCUUCCAAAUCUUGCUUCGCGCACAGGGCAACAUAACAUGCCAUCGCGGACAACACGAAUCAGUGAGAAGCUAGUGUUACUACCCGAGACGAUCAAUGAGAUAGAAGAUGCCGACGAAGAAGCUGCAUCUCUUCUCCGCGAAGAUGAAUCAAGGCCGUUGAAGGAUGAAGAAUUGGAUGUUUUGAAGAAAAGGGGCGGACUACGCGGCAAGAGUUAUGCGGAACGAUUACCAAAGUUCGAGAGAACCGAGAAGCUGUCGAGGCUUACGGCAUACUGCACAGCUCAAUCCUACAAGAUGAAAUCAACCUCAGAAUUCCUACGAAAAAAGCACGAUGCCAAGACGAAACUCUAUGACGAUUGUCUCUAUACAGUCUACCAUCUACCUCUACUUUCCGGCGUGGACGGCUGCCGCGUCCGGAGUCGACCAAUCCUCAAGACCCCGGGCACAGGCAAAACCGUCCUUGAUCUCGAGAUUGAACGAAGCGAACGAAGAGACGAACAUAUGGGAUAUUACGACGAAUAUGCCUAUCCGGAGCGAGGCGGAAGCCCUAACCGGGAGAAUGGCGAUUAUCGAAACGAGUCUGACCAUUUCGGGGGUCGGGAUAAUGAGACUCAUGAUGAUCAGGAUCGACAAGCCUUGAGUCCAACAACCGGAAUCGUGCCAGACGCUAAACAAUUUGCUGAGAUGUUCGUCUUUUCAUACGGAGUUGUCGUCUUUUGGAAUUUCACCGAGGCACAAGAAAAGGCUAUAUUGGCCGAUAUAACAUUUGCCGAGACGACGGAGCCUGGAACCUCGCUGGUUAUGCGCCCCCUUGACCAGAGCGACGUAGAAACGGAAGAAUUUCAUUUCGAGUAUAAUGCGGAUGUGAAGAGACCUCGAAUAUUCAAUGAUAUGAUCACACUUUUGCCGCGGUCCGAUCACAUGGUGAAGCUCACCAUUAGCCAUGCCAUCGCUCAGAGUACCAAGUUGUGUUUCUUCGAAGAGAGAAUGUCGGAAACUAUGCUUAAUGCACAACACGUACCAAAACAGUUAGCUCUCACUGGGGAGUUGAACAUGACGAGAACCGAGAUUGUCAAGAUACUAGGUCGUUUGUUCAAGAGUCGUGUAGAAAUCAAUCUCUCAUCUAAUAUUCUUGACGUCCCUAAUUUCUUCUGGGAUUCCGAACCAACUUUACAUCCACUUUAUGUCGCCAUUCGCGAAUACCUAGAAAUUGAUCUCCGCACCAAAGUCCUCAAUGAGCGAUGCCGUGUUUUCCUCGACCUUGCCGAGAUUCUUUCAGACUCGGUCGCCGAUUCAAAGAUGAGCGCUAUCACGUGGAUUAUUAUUAUUCUCAUUGUUGUCAGCAUUUUGGUAACCGUCACAGAAGUCGGUUUGCGAUUUGGUAUUUUGACAAGAGAUAGAAAUAGCGGCAACAAUGUUGCUAUUCCAGAGGGAUGGGUGGCUGUGAGAUCAAAUGCCACCCUCGAGGAACUAAGAUCGUGGGGCGUGAACUUGAACCAGGAAGAUAAAGUCGCCCUAUGUGGUGCGGAUUACAUUGGCACUACAUAUGCUGGCAUCUGA